AGGAUAGACAGACUAUUUGGCCAUUUGCGUCAUGUGCUAGCACUUGGAGAGCCUAAAGAUGGCGCAGCGGUGACUGCAUGCUAUUUGAGUAUCCCGUUCACACACUCUCCAGUUUCAUCGUAAACAACUGGACAUCUCUCUCUCUCCGUGCUGUUGCGACAUUCACUCUCAGGGGUCUUAAAAUGGUCGAUUUGCUAUUCCAUAGCGACAUAUGAUAAUUUUAAAAGCUUGUUUUAUGAAUUCAUCCGACUCAAAAACGAGUUUGUGACUGACAGACAGCGGUAUUCAGACAGAAGACGAGACUGCUGUGCUGUGCGCUGGUCGAAAUAAAUAAAUAACAGCUUUCUCCAUUCUGGCUUCUGGCGGUGGACGGUGCGAGAUGCUGCGGCUGCAUUGAUAGAGUUGGUAGAAGGGAUCAACCAGAAGUGACGAGGCAGCCUCAGCCAGGGCUCAGGCUACGAAUAGGAUAAUAACCGAGCAGUGAUUGCGAUAGACUGAGUGAACGUUGUUGUAUGACAGACAGCAAGAAGAUGCACUAAGGACCGGAAGAGAAAAUGCUUCGUUUGAGAGUCGAAAUAUGAACGCACAUUCCACUUUGGUUUUCUUUUAUUUGCAGUGAUAUAUUUCCGUGGAUCUGAGCGGUUUAAACAACUUUUCGUGGUCCCCUUUUCCAUGAUAACGGCAGAACCGGGCUUGAUUUACCGGGAAUUUCACCAGGAUCAUGUGGACCCCGACGGAAGAGGAGAAAAUCGGAGUUGUGAUCUGCACGUUUCGAGGGAUCGUGACGCAGGGUCUGUCUCUGGAGAUAGGAGAGACAAUUCAGAUACUGGAGAAAUGUGAAGGGUGGUACCGAGGAUUCUCCACCAGGAAGCCCACAAUCAAGGGAAUCUUCCCGACCAGCUACAUUCACUUGAAGAAGGCCAUCGUAACCAACAGAGGGCAGUAUGAGACCGUGGUACCAGUAGAAGACCCCAUAGUGACGGAGGUGACCUCCACUCUGCAGGAAUGGGCCUUGCUAUGGAAGCAGCUUUACGUGAAACACAAGGUGGACUUGUUCUACAAGCUGCGUCACGUGAUGAACGAGCUGUUUGACCUUCGGAGACAGAUGUUGUCUGGUCACCUGACACAGGACCAGGUCAAAGACGUCAAGAGGCACAUCACCAUCCGCCUGGACUGGGGCAACGAACACCUGGGCCUGGACCUCGUACCCAGGAAGGAGUUUGAAAUGGUGGAUGCAGACCAGAUCAGCGUCUCAGACUUAUACAAAAUGCAUCUGUCCAGCAGACACAGUGUCCAGCAAAGCACAACCCAGGCAGACAGUGUGCGUCGGAGCCACGGUGUAGAGCCCUGUCGUAUCCCCGUCCCUCACCACCUGUUCGUCAGCCUGAAGAGCUUCACCUACAACACCAUGGGAGAAGACACAGACGUCUUCUUCUCUCUCUACGACCUCAGGGAGGGGAAACAGAUCAGUGAGAAAUUUAUGGUGAGACUGAACAAGAAUGAAGGUCCCAAGAACACAGACAAGGUUGAUCGUUUGUGUGCUCUGUUCACGGAUUUAAGUAAUAAGGACAUGAAGCGGGACCUGUAUAUUGUUUCACAAGUCAUCAGAACCGGUCGGAUGCUGCUGAAUGACUCUAAGAAGGGUCCUCCUCACGUCCAGUACAGAAGGCCGUACGGCUGUGCGGUUCUGGCCAUGAGUGAUGUCCUACAGACCAUCUCAGAACUAAAGGAGGAGAAGGACUUUGUUCUCAAAGUCUACACAUGUAACAAUGAGAAUGAGUGGUACCAGAUCCAUGAAAACAUCAUAAGAAAAUCCAGCACCAAGUACACAGCUCCCAGCACCAACUAUGGUCUGAUAAUCUCUCUCCAGCUGCUGAGAGGAGAGAUGGAACAAAUCAGGAGAGAGAACCCUAUGAUUUUCAAUAGGGGCGUGGCCAUUACACGCAAGCUGGGCUUCCCCGAUGUCAUCAUGCCAGGUGACAUCCGUAACGACCUGUAUCUCACCUUGGAAAGAGGAGAGUUUGAAAGGGGAGGAAAGAGUGUCCAGAAGAACAUUGAGGUGUCCGUUUACGUGCUCUACGCAGACGGAGAGAUACUCAAGGACUGUAUCAGCCUGGGCAGUGGUGAGCCCCACAUCAGUGAACAUCGUUCCUUUGUCCUCUACCACAACAACAGCCCCCGCUGGAGCGAGGUGGUUAAACUACCCAUCCCCAUAGACCGCUUCAGAGGGUCACACCUCCGCUUCGAGUUCAGACACUGCUCCACCAAAGACAAGGCGGAGAAGAAGCUGUUUGGCUUUGCCUUCACACCACUGAUGAGAGAGGACGGGACAACGCUGUCAGAUGAGAGUCACGAGCUCUAUGUCUACAAGUGUGACGAGAAUGCUACGUUCAGUAACCACGCGUUGUACCUGGGUCUGCCCUGCUGUAAGGAGGACUUCAACGGCUGUCCCAACAUCCCCUCCAGCCUCAUCUUCCAACGCAGCACCAAGGAGACCCUCUGGAUCUCCACACAGCUCUCCUCCACCAAGCUCACACAGAAUGUGGACCUGCUUGCGUUGUUGAAGUGGAAGGCCCACCCAGACAGAGUGAUGGACAUCCUGGGGCGACUACGUCAUGUCAGUGGAGAGGAGAUCGUCAAGUUCCUCCAAGACAUUUUGGACACCCUGUUUUCCAUUCUGGAUGACAACACUGACAAGUAUGGUCCUCUGGUGUUCCAGUCACUGGUGUUCAUCAUUAAUCUGCUGAGGGACAGCAAGUACUAUCACUUCCGUCCCGUCAUGGACACUUACAUCCAGAAGCACUUUGCUGGAGCGCUGGCGUACAAAGAGUUGAUCCGCUGUCUGAAGUGGUACAUGGACCGUUCUGCAGAAGUGGUGAAGCAGGACCACAUCCAGGAGGCCAUGAGGGCUCUGGAGUACCUGUUGAAGUUCAUUAUCCAGUCUCGGAUCCUGUACUCCCGUGCUACCUGUGGUAUGGAGGAAGAACAGUUCAGAGCCAGCAUCCAAGAGCUCUUCCAGUCCAUCCGCUUUGUCCUCAGUCUGGACAGCCGCAGCUCUGAGACACUCAUCUUCACACAGGCGGCGCUCCUGAACUCGUUCCCGGCCAUCUUUGAUGAACUGCUUCAGAUGUUUACAGUCCAGGAAGUGGCAGAGUUUGUACGGGGCACGCUGGGCAGCAUGCCGAGCACCGUACACAUCGGACAGUCCAUGGACGUGGUCAAACUGCAGUCCAUCGCUCGCACCGUCGACAGCCGCCUCUUCUCCUUCCCAGAGUCUCGUAGGAUCCUGCUUCCUGUGGUCCUCCAUCACAUCCACCUCCACCUGAGACAGCAGAAAGAGCUGCUCAUCUGUUCUGGCAUCCUCAGCAGUAUCUUCUCCAUUAUCAAGACCAGCUCUCUGGACACCCCGGUGCAGGAGGACAUAGAGAUGAUGGUCGAGUCUCUCCUGGAUGUGCUACUCCAGACCCUGCUGGCCAUCAUGAGCAAGUCUCAGUCCCAGGAGGCGGUAAGAGGACAGCGCUGCCCACAGUGCACGGCUGAGAUCACUGGAGAGUAUGUGUCCUGCCUCCUAUCCCUGCUGCGUCAGAUGUCUGAAAUCCAUUUCCAACAUCUGCUGGACAACUUCCAGAGCAAAGAGGAGCUGAAGGAGUUCCUGUUGAAGAUCUUUUGUGUGUUUCGUAACCUGAUGAAGCUCAGUGUCUUUCCCCGGGACUGGAACGUGAUGAGGCUGCUGACCAGCAACAUCAUAGUGACGACAGCCCAGUGUCUGUCCCCGGCUCUGAACAAAAACUUCACCGAAGCUGACUUUGAUUUCAAGGUGUGGAACUCAUACUUCAGUCUGGCUGUUCUCUACAUCAACCAGCCCAGCCUACAAUUAGAGAACACCACACCAGCCAAGAGGAAGAAUGUGUUGGACAAGUAUGGUGACAUGAGGGUGAUGAUGGCCUACGAGCUCUUCAGCAUGUGGCAGAACCUUGGUGAGAACAAGAUCCACUUCAUCCCAGGUAUGAUAGGUCCCUUCCUGGGUGUGACCCUGGUGCCUCAGGGGGAGGUCAGGAACAUCAUGAUCCCUAUCUUCCACGACAUGAUGGACUGGGAGCAGAGGAAGAACGGGAACUUCAAACAGGUGGAGGCAGAGCUGAUUGACAAGCUAGACAGUCUGGUGUCUGAGGGGAAAGGAGACGAGAACUACCGUGAGCUCUUCAGCCUGCUAACCCAGCUCUUUGGGCCUUACCCCAGCCUGCUGGAGAAGAUCGAGCAGGAGACUUGGAGGGAGACGGGAAUCUCCUUCGUCACCUCUGUCACGCGGCUGAUGGAACGUCUGUUGGACUACAGGGACUGCAUGAAAGGAGACGAGACAGAGAACAAGAAGAUUGGCUGUACUGUCAACCUGUUGAACUUCUACAAGUCAGAGAUCAACAAGGAGGAGAUGUACAUCCGCUAUAUCCACAAGCUGUGUGGCAUGCACCUCCAGGCUGAGAACUACACAGAGGCUGCGUUCACACUGCUGUUGUACUGGGAGCUGCUGCAUUGGGAGGAGAGGCCUCUGAGGGAGUUCCUCCACUACCCAGCCCAGAGCGAGUGGCAUCGCAAAGAGGGCCUCUGUCGUAAGGUCAUCAACUACUUCAACAAGGGCAAGUGCUGGGAGUAUGGGAUACCGCUGUGCAGAGAGCUGGCUUACCAGUAUGAGACCUUGUACGACUACCAAAGCCUCAGCUGGAUAAGGAAAAUGGAGGCAGCAUACUAUGACAACAUCAUGGAGCAGCAACGUCUAGAACCUGAGUUCUUCAGGGUGGGCUUCUACGGACGCAAGUUCCCCUUCUUCCUAAGAAACAAGGAGUUUGUCUGCCGUGGUCAUGACUACGAACGUUUAGAAGCCUUCCAGCAAAGGAUGCUGGGAGAAUUCCCACAAGCCAUUGCCAUGCAACACCCCAACCAACCAGACGAGGCCAUUUUACAGUGUGACGCCCAGUACCUCCAGAUCUAUGCCGUUUCGGCGGUACCGGAGAACGUCAACGUUCUCCAGAUGGACCGGGUUCCAGACCGCAUCAAGAGCUUCUACCGAGUCAACAACGUGCGCCGCUUUCGCUACGACCGGCCCUUCCACAAAGGAUCCAAAGACCGAGAGAACGAGUUCAAGAGCUUGUGGAUCGAGAGGACUACGCUGAUCCUCACACAUCCUCUCCCUGGUAUCUCCCGUUGGUUUGAGGUGGAGAAGAGAGAGCUGAUUGAGGUGAGUCCUCUGGAGAAUGCCAUCUACGUGGUGGAGAACAAGAACCAUGAGCUGCGGACCCUGAUCAGCCAGUACCAACACAAGCAGCUCCAUGGCAACAUCAACCUGCUCUCCAUGUGUCUCAAUGGGGUCAUUGACGCUGCCGUCAACGGGGGCAUCGCCAGAUACCAGGAGGCCUUCUUUGAUAAGGAGUACAUCGGCAGUCACGCAGAGGACACGGAGAAGAUCACUUCUCUCAAAGACCUCAUGCAGGAACAGGUUCACAUCCUGGGGGCGGGGCUUGCGGUCCAUGACAAGCUGGUGCACCCUGAAAUGCGUCCCCUGCACAAGAAGCUGAUAGAUCAGUUCCAAAUGAUGAGGAGCAGUCUAUAUGGUCUGCCUGGGCUGGACAAGCUGAGUCCUGCCUGUUCUGGUGCCAGCACCCCUAGAGGCAUCUUGGCUACGCACAGCCCCAUGAGCCCCGACAGCUUCAAAGUCAUGCACAGGCACAGUCCACUGAAUCUGCUGGGGUCUAUUCGCCACUCGUCCUCCUCACUGUCCUCUCACACCUCCAGUGAGACGGGUAAUCUGGUGAUCCUGACGGACGGCAUGGUGGUGGAACACCCCGAGGACAUCUACCGUAUGCAGGUCUGUCUCCACGCGAGGGUAGUGCCCGCUGUACCCACAGACAGGACUCUCAGCCAUCCAAGUCCUUCCUCCUCCAGCCUGAGCUCCACCCACUCAGCACCCUCCCAGAUGGUCAACUCCUCCAACAGCAUCAGAGUAGGCUCCCCGUCGCUGCCGGAUAAAUACCGGAACAACCGUGAGAUGUUGAUGCUGCUGCCUCCUCACCGUGAAAGACCCAGCUCCGCCAUGUACCCCAACAUCACUGAGAACGGACAGGUACAGCCAACCAACUUCCAGCGAGCGUUGUUCCACCAGGUGAUUGGUCCAUGCAAGCCCUGCAGCGACCCUAACCUGUCUGUGGCAGAGAAAGUCCUGACCACUCCUAGCAGCUGGAGUCUGGACAGUGGUACCAGAGAGGUGUUGCCGUUCCUGUCCGCCCACGUUGGGAGUGUGAUGGCCCCGCCUGUCCCACCCCGCAGCCUGCCCCACGGCCACUUCUCCAUGAACUUUGAUGCUUUCCACCACCAGAACAGCGACCUCCCUCCAGCUCUCCCUGCGCGCUCCUCUUUACGAAAGUCAGCCUUGCACCCUAUACCUGCCUCGCCCACCAGUCCCCAGUCCCAAUCCGGCCUGGAUGGCAGUAACUCUACCCUCUCUGGUAGCGCAUCCUCCGGCGUCUCCUCUCUGAGCGAGAGCAACUUCAUGGGCCAGUCAUGUUCCACCGAGUCCCAUGGAACAACGAGACACCCAGCAGAUGCCCUGGACACUGUCCCCGUCACACCCAGCAUGGCACACUCUACCUGGGCCACGGACGGAGAGGACCUGGGCAUGGACUCCCCCUCUGGUUCCUACCUGCCUGUGCGCUACAGUGUUUCUGAGUCAGAGAUCCUGGAUGGCUCCAAGCCCCCUCCCUGUCGUAGCCACUCCUCUCCUGGGGUGAUCACCCCACUCAUCACCAAUAUCGUGGUUCCAAUCAGCCCCGUCCUCCCAGAGGCCCAUACCCUUAACAUCCAGAACCUGCCCCACUACCGCCACCAGCCUCCGCCUGCCCUGCCCCCCAAGCCCUACCUGAGAGAGGGGUGUAUUCCUGAGGAGGAGGGGUGUAUACCAGCCAGGCCUAUGCCCAUGCCACGCAAGAUCUCUCAGCCUCUCAUCACCUCUAAGGAAGAGCAGGCCAAAGUGGCGUGGGAGCACGGCAUCGCCGAAGAGUGAAGAGGAGGCCUGGGGGUGUAUUCAGACAGUGAUGUGAAACAUUCUGAACAUUCCAGAUAGAAAUAGAUUAGAUAGAGCGGACACACAUGAUUUCCCCUUAUUCUUUCUGACAGACAAUCAUAUAUGUUCUACAUUAAAUAUAUUUCUAUCUGAAUGUUCUGUAAUGUUACGUUCUCCUGAACUGGCACUUGGUUGGUCGAGGCAUGGUUGGUCGAGGCAUGGUUGGUCGAGGCAUGCCCAUUGGGACAGUGACACAUUGUUUGUUGUUUUGUCUCUGUACUCCAGCACUUUGAAUUUAAAAUGAUACAAUGACUAUGAGGUUGAAGUAAACUGUGCUUACAGCACACAAUCUCCCCAUUUUUAAGGGACUACAAGUAUUGGGACAAAUUCACCUAUAUUUAUUAACUUCUUGCGUCGAGCCAUCCCGGAUCCGGUAUCGUGACUACAGCCUCAAGCUCAUUACCAUAACGCAACGUUAACUAUUCAUGAAAAUCGCAAAUGAAAUUAAAUUAAUCUAUUUGCUCUCAAACUUAGCCUUUUGUUAACAACACUGUCAUCUCAGAUUUUCAAAAAUAUGCUUCUCUACCAUAGCAAACUAGCAUUUAGCAUUUAGCAUUUAGCGUUAGCAUUAGCAGGCCACAUUUUCACAAAAAACAGCAAAAACAUUCAAUAAAUCAUUUACCUUUGAAGAACUUCUGAUGUUUUCAAUGAGGAAACUCUCAGUUAGAUAGCAAAUGUUCAGUUUUUCCUGAAAGAUUUUUUGUGCAGGAGAAAUCGGUCCGUUUGGUGCGUCACGUUUGGCUACCAAAACAAAAUGAAAAUUCAGUUAUCCAAACGCCAAACUUUUUUCCAAAUGAACUCCAUAAUAUUGACAGAAACAUGGCAAACGUUGUUUAGAACCAAUCCUCAAGGUGUUUUUCACAUAUCUCUUCAAUGAUGUAUCGUUCCUGGAAGUAUGAGUCUCCUUCUGUAACGCAAGGUACAAUGGUUGCCACUGGGAAUUACGCACCGAUUUAGACAAAGGGCACCGGACGGCCCCCUGUCAAAUGUAGUCUCUUAUGGCCAAUCUUCCAAUGAUAUACCUACAAAUACACCACAAUGCUGCAGACAUCUUGGAUGAAAGGCAGAGCGCAUAAGCUCGUUCACAGCAUAUUCACAGCCAUAUAAGGAGACGUUAGUAAACACAGCGUCAAAAAUCCUGUUCAUUUCCUGUUUGAAGUUUCAUCUUGGUUUCGCCUGUAGCAUUAGUUCUGGGGCACUCACAGAUAAUAUCUUUGCAGUUUUGGAAACGUCAAAGUUUUGUCUUUCUAAGGCUGUCAAUUCCAUGCAUAGUCGAGCAUCUUUUCAUGACAAAAUAUUGCUCUUAAAACGGGCACGUCUUUUUAUCCAAUAAUGACAUAGCGCCCCCAUAGGUUGAAGAGGUUAAAGUAGUAACAAGUGAAGUAUUUCGUCCCAUAUUCCUAGCACACAAUGGUUACAUCAAGCUUGUGACAAAUAUGUUGGAUGCAUUAGCUGUUUGUUUUGGUUGUGUUUCAGAUUAUUUUGUGCCCAAUAUAAAUUAAUGGUAAAUAAUGUAUUGUGUUUUAUUGUAAAUAAGAAUUGAAUAUGUUUCUAAACACUUCUACAUUAAUGUGGAUUCGACCAUGAUUACGGAUAAUCCUGAAUGAAUCGUGAAUAAUGAGUGAGAAAGUUACAGAUGCACAAAUAUCACCCACCCACCACCACCACACCUGCCUAACCGGUUAUUGUAAUUGUGAUUAUAAAAUAAGAAUUUGUUCUUAACUGACUUGCCUUGUUAAAUAAAGGUUAAAUAAAAUACAAUUAAAGUAAAAAAUGUUUUGCAGAAAAUAGUCAAUAAUUAAUUAUUUUGUCAUAGUUAAGAACAAAUUGUCAUCCAAUAGACUUUGAUUAAAUUACCAAUAUCCCCAUCCACGUGGAAAUACUGCAAGAGUUCUAUGAAGGCCAAUUAGAUGAUGGUCUGAUCACAGUCAGUCUCCUGUUAAUAUUUGAUUUACUUUUGGUGCCAGCAAAAUAAGAAUGUGUUCUUGACUGAUUUGCCUAAUUAAAUAAAGGUUAAAUAAAGAUAAAAUUCAAGAUGAAUUAAGGACUGUCCAUAAUCAUGGUAACAUCCACAUGAAUGUAGAAGUGUUUAGAAACAUAAUCUAUUCUUAUUUACAAUGUGUGACUCCAAAAUGACACAAUACAUCGUUUACCAUUCAUUUCUAUACGAAUACGGUACCAAAUAUUAAACUUUGAACUACUUCAAUCAAUACAAAUAAGUGAAUUUGUCCCAAUACUUUCGGUCCACUAAAAUGGGGGGGACUAUGUACAAAAACUGCUGUAAUUUGUAAAACGGUUCAACCGAUAUGGAUGAAAAUACCCUCAAAUUAAAGCUGACAGUCUGCACUUUAACCUCAUAGUCAUUGUAUCAUGUUAAAUCCAAAGUGCUGGAGGACAGAGCCAAAACAACAACAACAAAUGUCACUCCCCCUUUUGGAGCCUCACUGUAGUUUACAUGUUGUUAACAAUUUAAGCCAACCCCGUCUGUUUUGCCCCAUAGUUGCGCACAAAUCGGUUUUGUUGCUAAACAACCAACGUGUGUCUGUGUGUGUGUGUGUGUGUGUGUGGUAUGGGGCUCAGUCUUUUCAUUUGAGUGCUUAUUUGAAUGUCCUUUCUCUAAAUUGUCUCACGUAUUACUUACACAGACCUUUUGGAAGCAUUUGAAUCUGUACAGUAAUUCUAAUUUAUUGAUUGUUCAGGUCCACAUGCAGGUUCCAAAUCAUUGCACAAAGGGAAAACAUGGAUUUAUGAACCAAUUACCAGACAUUUCAUUCAUUUAGUUCAUUGAAGCGAAGCUGGGAUAGAGUAAAGCUUGCUCGACCGUGACCUAUGACCUUUUUCAGUUUUAGAGAAGCAGCACUUUAGCACGUAGUUCUGCAGCGCCAAAACCCACUAGUUUUAUUCUAUUCACACUUGUGUUGUAUGAAGAAAUGAAGAUGGGUUAAGUAGACUCUUGGGUUGUACUGGGCUUCGGAUAGAUUACUAUUAUUAUUGAGGUGUGGUAGUCUUUAUAUUAUGAUUGUUUAUUAAUUAACUUACCUUUUAUAGGGCACUAAAGUGGUUUUGGUUUAAUAAUAAUAAACUCAGCGAUGCAACUAGCUGAGAGAGAGAGAGAGAGAGAGAGAGACAGAGAGAGACAGAGAGAGACAGAGAGAGAGAGAGAGAGAGACAGAGAGAGAGAGAGAGAGAGAGAGAGAGAGAGAGAGAGAGAGAGAGAGAGAGAGAGAGAGAGAGAGAGAGAGAGAGAGAGAGAGAGAGAGAGAGAGAGAGAGAGAGAGAGAGAGAGAGAGAGAGAGACAGAGAGAGAGAGAGAGACAGAGAGAGAGAGAGAGAGAGACAGAGAGAGACAGAGAGAGACAGAGAGAGACAGAGAGAU